AUGUCUCUCACAAACUCCCGGUUUUACGAGGAGAAGUACCCUGAGGUGGAGAGCUUCGUCAUGGUGAACGUGAAGCAAAUCGCCGAGAUGGGUGCCUACGUCAAGCUGCUCGAAUACGACAACAUCGACGGCAUGAUCCUGCUCUCCGAACUCUCGCGGCGUCGUAUUCGUUCGAUCCAGAAGCUCAUUCGCGUUGGCCGUAACGAGGUCGUCGUUGUGCUGCGUGUGGACAAGGACAAGGGUUACAUCGAUUUGUCGAAGCGCCGUGUGUCUCCCGAGGAUAUCAUCAAGUGCGAGGAGCGGUACAACAAGUCCAAGAUGGUGCAUUCCAUCAUGCGCCACGUCGCCGAGAAGACCGAAACCCCCAUCCAGGAGCUGUAUGAGAACAUCGGCUGGCCGCUGAACAAGAAGUACGGACACUCGAUCGACGCCUUCAAGCUGUCCAUCACCAACCCCGAUGUCUGGAAGGACGUCACCUUCCCCAACGACGUAGUCAAGGACGAGCUGCAGACAUACAUCAGCAAGAGGCUCACACCGCAGCCCACCAAGGUGCGGUCGGAUAUUGAGGUGACCUGCUUCGGCUACGAGGGCAUCGACGCCGUCAAGGAGGCUCUGCGAACCGCCGAGGCGAAGAACACACAAGACACACAGGUGAAGGUGAAGCUGGUUUCACCGCCGCUAUACGUCCUCACAUCCCAGUGUCUCGACAAGAGCAUCGGUAUUCAGGUCCUCGAGCAAGCGAUCGAAGAUAUCAAGGCGAGCAUAACAAAAGCAGGCGGCGACUGUUCGGUCAAGAUGGCGCCCAAGGCCGUCACGGAGAACGACGAUGCGGAGCUCGCAGCGCUCAUGGAGAAGCGGGAGCGCGAGAACCAGGAGGUCAGCGGCGACGAGGACGAGAGCACGAGCGACGAGGGUGGCGUGGCCGAAGCCGACUAA